AUGUCGAAAUACGUUUCAACAUAUUCUUGUCGAAUCAACGAUGAUCAAGAUGAAUCGAUGAACAAAAAAUAUCGAAGAUUUCAAAUGAAUAAAUUGAUUGAUGAAACGUUGGAAAUGAAUCGACGAUUAAAUAAAUAUGAAAUCUUUCAAAGAAAAACUUUAAAUCUCGUUUUUAUGGGUAAAAGUGGAAUUGGAAAGAAAACGAUUUCAAAUGUUUUAGAAAAUCCCUUUUAUAUUUCAUCACCAUCGAAACUUUAUUAUGAAAAUACUCAAAUAGAUCUUCAUCCAAUUUCCAUUCAAAAUUGUCAUUUCAAUCAACCAAAUUGGAUUUGUUGUUUAAAUAUUUUAAAAGCUCAUAUUGGAAUUGGAAUAAGUGGACAAGAAGGACAACAAGCUGUUUUAGCGAGUGAUUUUAGUUUUGGUCAAUUUCGUUAUUUAGAAAGAUUAUUAUUAAUUCAUGGAAGAUUAUCUUAUCUUCGUGUAUCAAAAUUUUUACGUUAUUUCUUUUACAAAAAUUUCGCUUUUACAUUUUGUCAUUUUUGGUUUUCAUUCUUUUGUGGUUUUUCAGCACAAACUGUCUAUGAUCCAAUGUAUGGAGCUUUAUAUAAUUCCUUAUUUUCAACAUUUCCAAUUUUAUUUUUAAGCAUCUUUGAUCGAGAUGUCAAUGAUAAUUAUUCGUUAAACAAACCGUAUUUAUAUAUUCCCGGGCAAAAAGAUGAAUUUUUCAACAAAAAAGUUUUAAUCAAAAGUAUUUUUCAUGGAAUUUUAUCUUCAUUGCUCAUUUUCUUCAUAACAUAUCUAUCGAUAUCGAAUGGUAAAAUGAUUGAAAUGGAUCUUCAAUCAUUUGGAUUUUUAAUUGGAACAAUUAUUGUCAUUAUCGUUAAUCUACAAAAUGCUUUGCAAAUUUGGUAUUGGACAAUUUAUUAUCAUUUAGCAUUAUGGUUAACAAUUCUCAUUUAUUUUCUCUUUCAUUUAACACUUUAUUCGACAUAUCUAAUGAAAUUCUUUCGAACAAAUUAUACUUAUGUCGGAGUUGCCAAACAAAUUCUCUUCGAUCCGAAGUUUUAUUUGAUUUUAAUCUUAAUUUGUGUUGUUCUUCUUUUACCCGUAUUUAUCCAAGAAUUUUAUCAAAUGCGAUUCAUUCCCGAUGAGACGAACAAAGCUCGUUAUAAUCAAAAAUAUCGUUAUGAAGAAAAAGCACGAUUUAUUGAACAUAUUCGACCAAAAAAACAUUUGCGAAAACGUUUACCAAGAUCAAGUUAUGCUUUUGCUCAACAAGAAGGUUGGGGAAAAUUAAUAACAUCAGGAAUAAUGCAAACUAAAAAGAAACCACAUACAAGAGCAUCACAUGAUCUUAAUAUUCAUCAACGAAAAAGAAAAUGUGAUACACCAUUUCCACUUCGAUGGUCUUCACCAGAAGUUUUACUUUAUCAAGAAUAUAGUUUCAAAUCUGAUGUUUGGUCAUAUGGAAUACUUCUUUGGGAAAUAUUUUCACUUGGUCAAAUGCCUUUUAAUGAUUCAAUAACAAAUGAUAUGGCUGCUAAAAGAAUUAAAACAGGACAAAUGUUAAAUAAACCAUCUUUAGCUAAUGAAAAUAUUUAUCAAGAUAUUAUUCAACAAUGUUGGAUAUUUAAAUCUGAUGAUCGACCAAGUUUUUCAAUUUUAAAAGAAGUUUUUAAUAAAAUCUUUCAACGAUCAACACCACCAUUGUCAUUUUAA